GUAAAUGCGUCGGAGAUGAAAACGAGGCACGACUAAUGCGGCAUUUAAUGGCUGGUUAUGAUCCGGCGGUAAGACCAGCUGAAAACUCAUCUCUUCCUCUCACUGUGAUUUUCGGAGUUUCCCUACACCACAUCAUCGACGUUGACGAGAAGAACCAAAUCUUGACAACAAAUUGUUGGAUUACCCAGAUCUGGAUCGAUCAUCAUCUAAAGUGGAAUUCCUCCGAUUAUGCCGGUAUUAAAGUAAUCAGAAUUCCCUACACGAGAGUCUGGAAACCCGAUAUUAUUCUUUACAAUAAUGCAGAUCCUCAGUACCAGUCGUCUGUGAUUAAUACAAACGUGAUAGUGUCUAAUUCUGGGAAAGUGGUUUGGCUCAGCCACGGUAUCUACCGUUCAUCGUGCGACAUUAACGUGGAAUAUUUCCCCUUUGAUCUGCAGAGCUGCCAUAUGAAAUGGGCCUCGUGGACGUACGACGGAUACCAGGUGGAACUUGCGAAGCAAACGGAAGAGGGUGAUAUGAGCAACUAUCAACCCAACGGAGAGUUCGAUCUGCUGAACUUCUACCCAGAAAAACACGUCGAGUUCUAUUCGUGCUGCCUCGAACCCUAUCCAGACAUAACGUAUACUAUAAAAUUAAGGAGAAGACCCAUGUUCUACGUGUUCAACCUGAUCCUACCAUGCGUCCUUAUCAAUUGUAUAGCGCUCCUCGUUUUCUACGUCCCUUCCGAAUCCGGGGAAAAAGUGACUCUCGGCAUAAGUGCCCUGCUUUCUAUGACCGUCUUCUUAAUGACUAUAAGGGAGACCCUGCCGCCAACGGAAAAAACACCCCUCAUAAGUCUGUAUUAUGGAACGAGCAUAUGUCUUGUUACCUUUGCUUCGGGUCUAUCUGUGGUCACACUCAACAUCUAUCAUCGAGGAGUACGAGGAGCCGCUGUCCCCAACAUCGUCCGUACAGUUGUCCUUGAGAGGAUGUCCAAGCUCAUCUUCAUGCGCUUCGAGAUGUCCCAAGGCAUGCAGAACGCUCGAAGCACGAAAGAAAUAAAUCCUCAGACCGGAAACCGACUGGAUAGCCCAUGGCCAUGGCCUGAUAAGUUUCCUCGAGAGGAUGGAUAUUACAUGCAGCAAAGGCAGAGAUCCCCCCGAUUCCUACCAAGACAUCGAACGGAGAAUUUAGAUGCAUUCGAAAAUCAAAUAAUAAGGAUCUUGAAUAAAGUGCACACGAGUAUAGAUCGCAACGAAUUGAGACUUACGGAACAGGAGAGACGGGAACUCAUUGAAAUGGAAUGGAAACAAACAUCAAUUAUCCUCGACAGAAUGCUUUUGUGCAUCUUCUUUCUGAUCACGAUCAUUUCAACCACGACUAUUUUAUGUAGAAGUCCUGUUGACAUUGAUAUACCAUAAUAAAAUAAGUAACUAUUAAAUAGAAUCAAUUAAACUCGAGUGGUUAACGAUGCUCAAAAUAUCAUAUUUUAUUUAUGUUGUUUUCCAAUUUAUUAGUAUUAAGUUU